AUGACUUCUUCCUCUGCAGAACCUAAGACUGCCACCUCCAGCCGACCAAUUCUCGGCUCCCUCAAUGAAAUAUGUAUUGUGACUCCCCAUCUCUACCAGACUCUGGACAACCUCGGCCGUCUUGGGCUGGGUCCUUUCCGGGUCUUUGACUUCAAUUCCGAGACCGUUCCCGAGCAGGAACUCCGGGGAAAGAAAGGCAGUGACCUCUUCACCCUGCUCGUCGCCUUUGCCGAGAGUCCCGAUCCCCGGGAGCCCGUGCUCGAGAUCAUCCAGCCUCUGACGGGACAGACAUCGAUGCAAGACUACCUGGACGCGCACGGCAACCAUGAGGGCGUCCAGCACAUUGCCUUUGACAUGGACAACCUGACCAUGGACGAGCGCCUGGGGCUGAUGGCAGCGCGAGGUGUUCGGCCCGUUAUGCAGGGAGUAUGGAAGGGCAGCAAAGGCGUGACACGCUUCUGCUUCUUUGACACGGUUGAGCAGGGCAUGGCCACGUGCUUUGAGACUAUUGCGCCCUCGGAAGACUGGCAGGAGCCCGAGUGCAGAUGGUAUCCUUCGCCUCCCACGAUUGCAAAAGCGGUGGACGAGACGCUUCCCAAGAAAUCGGUACUGAGUGCGUAUGCUGGUGGACUUGAAGAACUGUUGCAGUAG